AUGAUGGUGCUGAAGCACCCGAGUGUAUAUGUUCACGUCGUUGGGCGUCGUCGUUCACAGACGACACGAGACACCUACUGCGUUCCCGUGAAGCGCGAACAUGCUGUUCACUCACAUUACAAACACCGCACUACAAACACUGCACCCAAUCUCGACGUAACUCCUGUAGCCCCACUGUAUGGCUCCUCUUCGCGUUCGCAAGGUGACAUCAGCAUUCCGAAAUCCAGCGCAGGUCGUGGGAGAAGGAAUGAGAAAGAGCGUAGCUCGUAUCGCACCACAUUGCGCGCAUGA